AUGGAGGAUUCAGGGAACCUAGAUGAAGAGAUGCUACAGUUACAAGACGUAGAAGUUGAGGUCAGAUUAGAUGAUGAGUUCGCUCAAAGACCUCAUAGAACACUGGAUUUUAAUAAAGUAGAUUCUUCACAGAGUAUACAAGAUAAGAUAGCAAAGUUUAACCAUUUAUCUCCCAGAGGAGUACAAGACGAUCAUGUGGUUAACAUAUUGGAAGAUACUGAACAACAGGUGACCGUUUCAAUCAGCCAUCAUAUGGGCUCUACACCAUUUCAUUUGACAGCCAUGUAUGCAAAAUGCAAGGCCUAUUUGAGACAACAACUCUGGACAAAAUUCAGAGAAAUAGCGGACAUAAUACAGGGAUCAUGGGGAGUGGUUGGUGACUUCAACGUGAUCACUAACUCUAUAAAGAAGAAAGGUGGGUAUUAUGGAGCAAUGUACACAUGGAGUGACAAUAGAGGAGCCCCUAAAACUAUAUGGAAGAGGCUUGACAGGCUUCUAAUUAAUAUGGAAUGGUUGGAUGAAUUCUCAAAAACUACUGUGGAGCAUCUAGCUAGAUUUCUAGCAGUGGUGCAAGAGGAAUGGCAUGAACCAAUACAAGGUAAUGCUCUAUGGAUACUACACCAAAAAUUGAAGAAGAUUACUAAACGGUUGAGUGCUUGGUCGAGACAGGCAUUUGGUGACAUUUAUGAAGAACCAAAGAGGCUGGAGAAACAGAUAAAUGAAUUGGAAGCAAUGCACGUAGCUGAUACCACACCUGCUCACAGAGUAGAAUUGAAUGAAGCAAAGGCUAAGUAUAUCCAGUAUCUAAAGACUCAGGAAGAAGUACUGCGACAGGAAACAAAGGCACAAUGGCUUAAUGAAGGGGACAAAAAUACAUCAUAUUUUCAUAGUGUCAUAAAAGAAAGAAGGAAAAUAUUAUGCAUACAGAAGAUACAAGAUGAUGAGGGACAAUGGAGGGAAGGUGAUAAGAAAAUUGCAGAAGCGGCCAUAAGUCAUUUUCACAAGAUUUUUAAUCAUGGUGAGGCUUCAAAUGACUUCUCUGCACUAGAAUAUGUGUUACUUCAAAACUAA